AGCGUCCUCCUUAGGAUGAUCAUCACGGUCACGUCCUUGGGCAGUGUUGUGAAUCCGUUGUCUUUUGCCUUGAGGAUUGAAGUCCCUGAGUUCAUGCCCUCGCUCGCUUCACUCACUCCCUUCGCACAAGGAUCUUUCCACAGAGAGUCAAGCCAGACGAUGAUGAUCCGGUUGUCGAAUCUCGGCAUGUUUUAUGAUGGAGACAAUUGCAACACCUCGGAAUUGCAAGACAGCUGCCAGUCGUCAAUCGGUCAGUCGAUCAUGGAGUCUGGAACACGAUCGUUUUUGUGCUUUGUUUUGGCGAUUGUUUUAGUUCUUUGCGUGGUCUCCGUGUCCUCUUCAAAUUGGAUCAUUCAUGAAAGUAAAAACACAGUGUCAAAGUUUGGGAUUCUCCAAGAAUGCUCGAAGAUUGUGGGAGAGCCCGAGAAGUGCUGGACUCCCGACUUCAGUAACACUCAGUGGCUUUUGUCCCUCGUGGGGAUUUUGGUUGGUUGUUUGUGUGUGACGGUUGUAAUCAUUCUGCUAAUUUAUUCCAAAUGGGAUGACUACCUUUUGCCUCUGGUGGGUUCCAUCAUUUCUGUUGGAGCCGUUUUUGUUUGCUCUGCGGCUUUAACAUUUCCACUUGGGUUUUCCCAUUUAUCCAUGGAAUCUCAGAUGUUCCAUUUGCCCCAAGAUUUCUCCGUGGGCAGUUCGUACGUUACUUUCUCCUUGGCUCUUGUGGUCCUUUCAUUGUGUCAAUUGGCUUUGGUCGAAACAGCUCGGAAUGGUUAUAGGAAUUUUAGUUAAUCUAAACAUAUUUGUAUGUCAUCAUUACUGAAUAUAUGGUACAUCUUGGCGAGACACUUA